AUGUCCGACGCAGAGGAGGACCAGCGGCAAGAUGCCAGCGUCCAGCUCCAGCGAGACAAGGAGAUAGAUCGACUUCGUCGUAGGUUGAUGACCGACCUGGAGAAUGUCGAUGUCGAGUCCAGGCAGCUUCGCCAGGUUUGGGACAUGCUCCACGACCAAUGGUGGAUUGCCGCCAGCCGCAUUCACCGCCAAGGCGUCCACCACUCCAAGCGGCAUCACAUCCUCGACUUCCCGGCUUUUAUUGAGAAGAUCUUCGGCCCCGAAUGCAUCGUCGCCCAGAUGCACGCAAUCUUCGGCCCCGACUACACCGCCGCAAAGGCCAAGGCCGAGGGGCCCGCUCGCAUACGCAACGCCGCCAACGCCCUCGAUCUCUCCGACCCCAUCCUCCUCUUCCUCUACCUCAGCCCGGGUGUCUGCUCCUCGACCAACAUCCUUCGUUCGAUAUCCAGCCUCAAGAAGUCCAAGACUCAUGCCCCGGUCGAGACGGAUGACAUCCUGCGCGUGAUCCGUGAAACCAUGAUCGCGAGACACCUGCUGCAGCCAAGCUCCGAGAGCAGCGCCCCUGUCCCGAUCGUCACCGACAUUACCGACGCCGUCGAUCGCCUUCGCAAGUCAGCCACUCCCCGAAGCCGCAGGCCUGCCGCCGCUGAUAUUGAUGAUGAUGACGGAGCCAACUCCCGCUCUCGCCGCUCGUCUAAGCGCACCCGCCGCUCCCUGACAGCCAUUGUUUAUAUUAAUAGCCUAGGUAUUAUUCAGAGGCGAUUUAAGUAG